CUCAGCACUGGGAGUUUCGAUCCCAAAGAAGCUCGGGGAAAUUUUGGUCGAGAGCGUUAUUGACCUCCGACCAGCUGGGACAUUCAGGGCCACGAUCGCAUCUUUCUCCUGUUCCUUGUCCUCUGCCUCACAUACCCCACUCUUCUCCGCCGUUCCUCCCUGAACUAAUCUCUUCAAAAUGGCCUUCGCCGGCCAAGCACCCACGAUCAUCGUGCUCAAGGAGGGCACCGAUACCUCCCAGGGCAAGGGCCAGAUCAUCUCCAACAUCAAUGCCUGUGUUGCCGUGCAAUCCACGAUCAAGAGCACCCUCGGUCCCUAUGGAGGGGACCUGUUGCUGGUGGACGGCAACGGCAAGCAGACCAUCACCAACGAUGGAGCCACAGUGAUGAAGCUUCUGGACAUCGUUCACCCCGCCGCCCGCAUUCUCACGGAUAUUGCCCGCUCCCAAGAUGCCGAAGUGGGUGAUGGAACAACGUCGGUCGUUGUCCUCGCAGGUGAGAUAUUGAAGGAAGUCCGCGAACUUGUCGAGCAGGGUGUCAGUGCACAGACGAUCGUUAAGGGUCUGCGGAGGGGUAGUGCGAUGGCCGUCAACAAGAUCAAGGAGAUCGCCAUCGACAUGAUUGACGCUGCGGGAAGCGUGGAAAAGAAGAUCGAGACGCUCCGCCGACUGGCCGGAACGGCGAUGAACAGCAAGCUUAUCAAGCGGAACUCGGACUUCUUCACCAAGAUGGUGGUGGACGCCGUGCUGUCGCUCGACCAAGAUGACCUGAACGAGAAGCUGAUCGGUGUGAAGCGCGUGACUGGUGGUGGUCUGCAGGAUUCCCUUUUCGUGAACGGUGUCGCUUUCAAGAAGACCUUCUCCUAUGCCGGUUUCGAACAACAGCCUAAGUAUUUCAAGGACCCGAAGAUCGUCUGCCUGAACGUCGAGCUGGAGUUGAAGAGCGAGAAGGACAACGCCGAGGUGCGCGUCGAGCAUGUGUCGGAGUACCAGGCUAUCGUCGAUGCCGAGUGGCAGAUCAUUUACAACAAGCUUGAGGCUAUCUACAAGACCGGCGCCAAGGUUGUUCUCAGCAAGCUGCCCAUUGGUGAUUUGGCUACGCAAUACUUUGCGGAUCGGGACAUCUUCUGCGCUGGUCGUGUUGCGACCGAUGAUAUGGACCGGGUUUGCCAAGCGACCGGAGCGGCUACGCAGUCGACCUGCAGCGACAUCCAGGAACGUCACCUGGGUACUUGCGGUACGUUCGAGGAGCGCCAGAUCGGUGGUGAGCGUUUCAACCUCUUCUCCGAGUGCCCCGCCGCCAAGACCUGCACACUGGUGCUGCGUGGUGGAGCGGAGCAGUUCAUCGCCGAAGUUGAGCGCAGUCUGCACGACGCUAUCAUGAUCGUUAAGCGCGCUCUCCGCCACACGACCAUUGUCGCGGGUGGUGGUGCUACCGAGAUGGAGCUGUCGAGCUUCAUGCACGGCUUCGCGGACCGCAACGUGCCCCACAAGCAGCAGGCGGUUGUCAAGGCGUUCGCCAAGGCGCUCGAGGUGAUCCCUCGCCAGCUGUGCGAUAACGCCGGCUUUGAUGCGACGGACAUUCUGAACCGGCUGCGCGUGGAGCACCGCAAGGGCAACACCUGGGCGGGUGUGGACUUUGAUCACGAGGGCGUCCGGGACAACAUGGCCGCGUUUGUGUGGGAGCCCAGCUUGGUCAAGGUGAACGCCAUCCAGGCGGCUGUGGAGGCCGCAUGCUUGAUCUUGAGCGUGGACGAGACUAUUAGUGAGUACCCCGCGACCUAGUUGAACCCCUAAAGCCCAUAGUGUUCGUUAGACUGACCGACGGAUCCUUUCUUUUCCUACACAGAGAACGAAGAGUCGGCCCAAGCUCAGGCACCAACACGGGGCCUGCCG